CAAAGGAUUACCCCAAUCGCCGAUUGGCAUCCUCCGAAACUGACCAACUUGACAUGCCAUGUUUCAAUCGCGAAGAUACUGCUUGUAGAAGUGAGUUUGAAACAAAAUCGCCAACAUGAACCGUCUGAUGAGAGCGGCGCAGAUCGUAGAGUAUGAGAAGCCGUAUGAGCUCUGCGAGCGAGCGAUCCCUAUAUGUGGAGAUACAGACCUCCUUAUCGAAAUACACGCUGCAGGCUUCUGCCACUCAGAUCUUCAGGUACUGCAGGGCCAAUUUGCAGCGAGCCUUCCAAUGGUACCUUCUCAUGAGCCUGCUGGCAAGAUUGUACAGGUUGGUGCUCAAGUCCGUGGCGGAUGGAAGGUUGGGGACCGUGUUGGAGUACUGAAUUUCAAGAACGCUUGCGGAGAUUGUGUAGGUUGUCGACAGUGCACGCGAAGAUCAAGUCGCACUGACCCGCGCUUCUGCGAGAAGCGAGAGAUGGCUGGCUUCAAACACGAUGGCGCUUUUGCAAAUUUCAUGUUGGCGGAUCCUGAGACGACUGUCCAUCUGCCCGAUGAAGUUUCCUUUGAGCAAGGGGCACCACUGAUGUGUGCCGGCGCGACAGCUUGGGGAGCGUUGCAAAAGAUAAGAUCAGACGUCAAGCCUGGUGAGGCGAUUGCUGUUGUUGGUAUAGGUGGUGUUGGUCACCUGGCUAUACAAUUUGCGAAACAGAUGGGAUACCGAACUGUAGCCAUCGACAAUCGCCCUGUCGGUCGCCAAUUGGCGCUCGAAGUCUCCGAACAUCUAAGACCAGAUCUGGUUAUUGACUCAGCGGCUAACAAUGCCGAUGAGCAGAUAUUGAAGAUCACUUCCGGUGAAGGACUUGCAGGUAUUAUAGUCUGCACCGACUCAAUACAGGCGACCUCGUGGAGUCUUCAACAGCUAGGCAAUAAGGGGAUAUUGGUGCCUCUCGGAUUACCCAAAGACAAGUGGCAGUUUGAUUCAGAGGCCAUGGUUUUUCGAGAGCUUACUAUCAAAGGCAGCUAUGUUGCCAGCACAAAGGAUGUUGAAUCGAUGCUUCAAAUAGUGGCAGAGAAUGGCAUUUCCUCCCACGUCACACUUCUCGAUUUCGAUCAAAUACCCAGCGUGGUUGAGAUGUAUCUGGAUAAGUCAAUGAGAGGGAGACUGGUAAUACGAAUGUCAUAACGGAUAAUAUAUGGACAAUCACUUCGCGAUUUACUCGUAAUUAAUUCUAUACAAUUUGAAUUUGAAUUUUACGUUCGCUGGGGUAUGGCACCAGAAGGUGAGAAGGAG